GCGGACAUGAUGUUCAGUUCGGGAGUCUUCUGGAUGGGCCUGGUCUUUAUCCCUGUCACCUCCCUGGUCUUUGACAUGGCCUACAAAGUGUGAGUUCCCCUCCACGCACCACCACCCCCUCCAUGUCCUGCUCUAGGAUACGUUUCUAGGGAAACUCCUUAGAUCACAAAUAGAUCACAUGCAGUCUUAACACAUUUACAUAUACACUGAGUAUACCAAACAUUAGGAACACCUUCCUAAUAUUGAGUUGCCCUCAGAACAGCCUCAAUUCGCCGGGCAUGAACUCUACAAGGUGUUGGAAGCGUUCCGCAGGGAUGCUGGCCCAUGUUGACUCCAAUGCUUCACACAGUUGUGUCAAAUUGGCUGGAUGUCCUUUGGGUGGUGGACCAUUCUUGAUACACAUGGGAAACUGUUGAGCAUGAAAAACCUGCAAGCGUUGCAGUUCUUGACACAAACCGGUGUGCCUGGCACCUACUACCAUACCCCAUUCAAAGGCACUUCAAUAUUUUGUCUUGCCCAUUGAAUGGCACAUAUACACAAUCCAUGUCUCAAUUGUCUCAAGGCUUAAAACUCUGUCUCCUGUCUCCUCUCCUUCAUCUACACUGAUUUGAAGUGGAUUUAACAAGUUACAUCAAUAAGGGAUCAUAGCUUUCACCUGGUCAGUCUAUCUCAUGGAAAGAGCAAUGUUUUGUAUACUCAGUGUAGAAAUACAUUUAGAAUAUUAAAUUACGGGGGGCCAGUAUGAAAAAUGUAUGCACUCACUAAUUGUAAGUCGCUCUGGAUAAGAGCGUCUGCUAAAUUACUAAAAUGUCAAAUGUCAAAUAUUUAUGAAGAUUUAUAGGAUAUCUGUGGUGUAACAUUUAUAGUGAUUCAUAACAAAUUCUGAAGUUUAUGUAACAUUUAUAGUUAUUUGAUUUAUUGAAGAGAUCUAUUCUAAUACCGACCGAUUCAAAGUUUAGAUAAGUGUGUAUAACUCAGACUUAAAUCAUUAAUUUAAUUAAGUUUAGGGAAAUCAAUCUGAAUCAGCCUUUCCUGGGAAAGCCAAAGGAAUUCCACUAACAGUAGAUACAAUUUGUUACAGACAAUUGGCAAAUAAAGUUAAUAAGGUUUUUACAUACCUGGCAUCUACUGUACUUUACCUCUAUAAAUAGUCUUAUGCAGAAUUUAUUCAGAUUGCAUGUAAACUUGGACUGAUUUGGAAUGUUGGGUACAUAGACAUACAAUAUAAUAAUACUGUAUAAUAAUAUUAAAUAGUGUUGUAUUCAAUUAUGUGGUUGUGAAUGCCUGUUGGUGACGUCUGCUCCUUUUGACCAACAGUGUGAAGAAGGUGUGCUUUAAGACCCUGGUGGAUGAGGUACAGGAGCUGGAAGCCUUGUCCAAGGACCCCGGAGCCGUGGUGCACGGGAAGAGGUACUGUACCAUCUCCCCUUCUUUCUUUUCCUAGGUGUGCGUCCCAAAUGGCACCCUUUUCCUUAUAUAGUGCACUACUUUUGACCAGGCCGUAUGGGUCCUGGUCAAAAGUACUGCAUUAAAUAGGAAAUAGGGUGUUAUUUACGACUCAUGCUAGGUUAUAUCCUUCACAAUUCCUCAUAACACUAGGAUAUCUUAAUUACUUUUCUUAAUAUCAUAAAUUCCUGAAUACUCUUUGUAUUUCUUCUUACACAGCAUGUACAACACAUGACUUACAGUGUCAUACAGUGUAUAACUUCUAAAUGUUUACAGUGUAUAGCUUAUAUUUCUCCUUGAGGAUUCAAUAAUAUUUAUCCUGGCUUCCCUAUUGUUAGUAUUUUGGCGUAAUUACUGUCUGCCUACUGUACACAGAUGGUAGUUCACCCUUACAUUGUCUGCUCUUUGAAUUCUACUCCAGGCCAUCCAUCCAGACUGUAACCCAUGCUUGGAACAUUAUUCUCUCCCUCUGAAAGUGUGCGGCUCUACUGUACUGGACUGUAGCGCCUUCAGUUUAUUAAAGCCAUGCAUCUUGAGCUGAGCUCCCAGAGGUGGGCUGCGUCCCAAAUGGCACCCUAUUCCAUGUAUAAGGCACUACUUUUGACCAGAGCUCUGGUCAAAAGUAGUGCACUAUGUCGGGAAAUGAGAGCCAUUUGGGACACAGAGAUGGGCUCUUAUCAGUAAGCCGGGGCCGGACCCAAUCGAAGGCCCGUGGAGUACAUUAGCAUGGAUCAGAUCAGUGUGAAAUCUCCUGCCGGCUGAAAGUCUUCCCCCAUUUACCACAGUCCAGGGACCAGCAGGCUAGGAACCUGGCCCUGGAGCUGAAGACACAUACACUCAGUUCCUUUCUCACAUGCGCACACAAGUAUAUAAACACGCACGCACACAUACAUACAUACACAAACCACACAUGCCAUCUCUCUCUCUUUCUCUCUCUCUCUUUUUCUCACUCACCUAUUCACACACACACAUAAACACACACACACAACAUAUGUUUUAGUAUCCUUCUGGGGACCUAACAUUUAUUUCCAUUCAAAAUCCUAUUUUCCCCAACCCCUAAACCUUACCCUAACCUUAACCCUAAACUUAAGCCCUAACCCUAAUUGAAACCCUAAACCUAGCCCCUAAGUUUAAAAUAGCCUUUGUCCUCAGGGGACGUGGGGAGAAGGGAUAAUUUUCCUUGUUUUACUAUCCUUGUGGGGACUUUUGGGGAUUUCUGGUACCCACGAGGAUGAUAAUACAAGCACACACACACAAACACAGAAUCCGCUCCUUCCUCCUCUUCCCUGUGUCUAGUCUCCCUGCAUGGUCUCCUCAGCAGGAAGUGCAGUUGGCUGGUCUCUCUUCUCUGAUCAUGUGGAGUACUGGGCAAGAGAGGGCUUGAUGUAGGGAUGGUUAAGUCUGGCUGAAGGGCUCAGUGUGGCGCUGACACACACUCUCUCUCACUUACUCUUGCUCUCUUUCUUUCUCUUUGCCCUCUCCUCUUUCUUUCCCGUCUUCUCUCUCUCUCUCUCUCUCUCUCUCUCUCUCUCUCUCUCUCUCUCUCUCUCUCUCUCCCUCUCUCUCCCUCUCUCUCUCUCUCGGGUGUGUCUCUUUGCAGUCUGACGGAGAGGGCACAGCUCCUGAAGAACGUCUUCAAGAAGAGUACCGUGAGUCUGUACCGAUCGGACUCCAUGCAGCAGAACCUGCUACGUAAGUUACACACACUAUUAUUAACACACACCUUUAAAUACACACACCUCACACACUGACGUGAAGGCAAUCCCUCAUGUUGUUUUCUUAGAGAGAGAGACACAUUUUCUCUCAGCACUGGUCCAAAGCCCCAAGACAGGCAUUUUGAAUUUAGUGUAGUUCCUAUGCGGAUACUUAGUGCCAUAUUAUGGGGAUUCCAUACAUAGCUCCAAAGGGGACUCGGGUUGAGUCUUAAAUGGCACCCUAUUCCCUAUAUAGUGCACUACCCUAUGGGCCCUGGUCAAAAGUAGUGCACUGCAGAGGGAAUAGGGUGCCAUUUGAGAUGCAGCCUCAGCAUUGGGGAAGUGCUAAUACUCCGCUGAUCCCACCGCUCUUUAGAAUUCGAUAUGCAUGUUCCACAUUAGCCAGAUGCAGGAAAUCCACAUACAUAAUCCUGUCUUUAACCCCAUUAAGUAACACAAAAACGCCCCACUGUUCCCUGUUGGUGUUCCUCCGCCUGCUAAUACAACCCCCCUAACACUAUGUGUGUCCCAAAUGGCACCUUUUUCCUUUUAUAGUGCACUACUUUUGAAAAGGGCCCAUAGGGCUUUGGUCAAAAGUAGUGCACUAUAUAUGGACUAGGAUGCUAUUUCGGACGCACACUAACGGACAGUCUCUUCCCAUCUAGUACAAAUUUCGUAGGCCUAGUAGUCUAGAUAGAAGCUUUAAGACAAUACAGAUGGAAUGGGUUUUAUUUGGUUAGAUUUAUUUCUGUUUCUGUUUCUUUCGCUGACCGUUUUUUGUUUUUUUGUUUGCCACGUAGGUGGGGAUGGGAUCGGUCUUAUGUGACCCCUUUUAUUUUUGCCUUCUUACCUGUAGCGAAACCAUACCCCCGAUCCCUAUUAGAAACCCCAUCUAUGCCCUUUUCACAGUAUUGCGCCGACCCGAAACACAUUGUCCUUUUCAGAAGGCUUUCAGCAACUAUGGUGGAUGUGUAACCAGGCCAUCUCAGUACAACUUGGCUUGGUUAGGCUCACCUCGGUUCGGCUCUAUGUACCCACCUCUCCUUCCCUGUGUGCUGUACCCUGUGUGAGUGGUGGUCAGAGAGAAAACGAUUCAAUAAACAUUUGCGAUAUUAUUCCCACAAUGCACUCCUCUCAUCGGGCCUUUUGAACUCAUCUGCAGACCUGCAGGUAGUGACCAAGUCAUUUGAGACCUAAAGGUGAGUUAGGGGGUCAAAGGUUAAGGUUGGGAUAAGAACUCCCAUAGUUGUAGGUAGUGGCUGUAGAGCUCAGUAAAGAUGGUAGGUGUCAGGUAACAUGACUGACCCUCACUCGCUUAGCACUGGUCAAGCUUCUUAGGGAGGAAGACAAAAAAAUAUAUACAGUACCAGUCAAAAGUUUGGACACACCUACUCAUUCAAGGCUUUUUCUUUAUUUUUUAUUAUUUUCUACAUUGUAGAAUAAUAGUGAAGACAUCAAAACUAUGAAAUAACACAUAUGGAAUCAUGUAGUAACCGAAAAGGCCUGGAGUUGUGUUGGGUCAUUGUCCUGUUGAAAAACAAAUUAUAGUCCCACUAAGCCCAAACCAGAUGGGAUGGCGUAUCGCUGCAGAAUGCUGUGGUAUCCAUGCUGUUUAAGUGUGCCUUGAAUUCUAAAUAUGUCACAGACAGUGUCACCAGCAAAGCACCCCCACACCAUAACACCUCCUCCUCCAUGCUUUACAGUGGGAACUACACAUGCGGAGAUCAUCCGUUCACCCACACCGCGUCUCACAAAGACACAGCGGUUGGAACCAAAAAACUCAAAUUUGGACUCCAGACCAAAGGACACAUUUCCACUGGUCUAAUGUCCAUUGCUUGUGUUCCUUGGCCCAAGCAGGUCUCUUCUUCUUUUUGGUGUCCUUUAGUAGUGGUUUCUUUGCAGCAAUUCGACCAUGAAGGCCUGAUUCACACAGUCUCCUCUGAACAGUUGAUGUUGAGAUGUGUCUGUUACUUGAACUCUGUGAAGCAAUUAUUUGGGCUGCAAUUUCUGAGGCUGGUAACUCUAAUGAACUUAUCCUCUGCAGCAGGGGUAACUCUGGGUCUUCCUUUCCUGUGGCGGUCCUCAUGAAAACCAGUUUCAUCAUAGCGCUUCAUGGUUUUUGUGACUGCAGUUGAAGAAACUUUAAAAGUUAUUGAAAUUGUCCGUAUUGACUGACCUUCGUGUAUUAAAGUACUGAUGGACUGUCGUUUCUCUUUGCUUAUUUGAGCUGUUCUUGCCAUAAUAUGGACUUGGUCUUUUAACAAAUAGGGCUAUCUUCUAUAUACCCACCCCUACCUUGUCACAACACAACUGAUUGGCUCAAACGCAUUAAGAAGGAAAGAAAUUCCACAAAUUCACUUUUAAGAAGGCACACCUGUUAAUUGAAAUGCAUUCCAGGUGACUACCUCAUAAAGCUGGUUGAGAGAAUGCCAAGAGUGUGCAAAGCUGUCAUCAAGGCAAAGUGUGGCUAUUUGAAGAAUCUCACAUUUUAAAUAUUAUUAUUUCAUAGUUUUGAUGUCUUCACUCUACUUCUACAAUGUAAAAAAUUGUAAAAAUAAAGCAAAACCAUUGAAUGAGUAGGUGUUUCCAAACUUUUGACUGGUAGUGUAUAAUUGUUGGUUAUUUUUUAUUAUUAUUGUUUUCAUUCAAUUGAAACUUAUAAGUUCAUUCUUGGUUUAUUUUGAAAGUCAUCCUUUAGUCUAUUUUUAUUCUAUUAAAAUAAUUUUAAUGAGUUUUCUGAUUUAAAAAAAACAAGUUUAGAAUGAAGUUAGUUUCUUUCUAAUCAUGGUUAGAAUUUAAACGUGUCAGCCGUCGUUUCUCACGCUGUCCAUCUGUCCUACUUGCAGACGGAUACGCCUUCUCUCAAGACGAGAACGGAGUGGUCUCCCAGUCUGAGGUCAUCCGGGCGUACGACACCACCAAACAGCGGACCAACGAGUGGUGA